UUCAGCCACAGCGGGGAAGAAACUCGGGCUUGGCCAGGACGGGGAUUGGGGCGCCUGGGCAGAAGGGGUGGGCGUUGGAUCUCUUCCUCGGCCCGCGGUCCAGAGCGCGGGAGGGAAGCGAGCUCCACGUCGCCUCAGCAGUCGGGGCGCACACGCUCUGCGUCAUGGCGGGCUGAGGCUGAUGAUGAAUUCCGGUGUGCAUGUCAGGGUUGCUGUGUCACUCGGCCCGCUCGGCGCGCCCCUUCCCUGCCGCCCUUCCGCACCGGCUCUCGGCGCUUCCGGUCUCAGGCCGCCUCUCACCUGCACGCUCCUCUCCCGCCGCGGCCCGUCGCACACCCGGCCUCCCCUGCCGACGGAUCUUGCUCGGGGCCCGGGCCCGGGCGCCGGACCGACAAGGGCCAUGGAGAGCGGCGCCGCCAGGUAUCGGCUGAGCUGCGCGCUCCCUGGCCACGAGCUGGACGUACGGGGCCUGGUGUGCUGCCUCUAUCCGCCGGGGGCCUUUGUGUCCGUGUCCCGGGACCGCACCACCCGCCUCUGGGUCCCGGACAGUCCUAACAGAGGAUUCACAGAAAUGCACUGUAUGAGUGGCCACUCCAAUUUUGUAUCUUGUGUAUGCAUCAUACCUUCUAGUGACGUAUAUCCUCAUGGACUAAUUGCUACUGGAGGAAAUGACCACAAUAUUUGCAUUUUCUCACUGGAAAGUCCAGCACCACUUUAUAUACUAAAAGGUCACAAAAAUACUGUUUGUAGUCUUUCAUCUGGAAAAUUUGGGACAUUACUUAGUGGCUCAUGGGACACCACUGCUAAAGUUUGGCUGAAUGACAAAUGCAUGAUGACCUUACAGGGUCAUACAGCUGCAGUAUGGGCAGUAAAGAUCUUACCUGAACAGGGCUUAAUGUUAACUGGAUCAGCAGACAAGACUAUUAAACUGUGGAAAGCUGGAAGAUGUGAGAGGACUUUUACAGGGCACGAAGACUGUGUAAGAGGUUUGGCGAUUUUGAGUGAAACAGAAUUUCUUUCCUGUGCAAAUGAUGCCAGUAUUAGAAGGUGGCAAAUCACUGGAGAGUGUCUUGAAGUAUAUUAUGGACAUACAAAUUAUAUUUAUAGCAUAUCUGUCUUUCCAAAUUGUAAAGAUUUUGUGACAACAGGAGAAGACAGAUCUCUGAGAAUUUGGAAAAAUGGGGAAUGUGCUCAAACAGUUCGACUUCCAGCUCAGUCUAUAUGGUGCUGCUGUGUGCUAGACAAUGGUGACAUUGUGGUUGGUGCGAGUGAUGGUAUUAUUAGAGUGUUUACAGCAUCAGCGGAUCGGACGGCAAGUGCUGAGGAAAUCAAGGCUUUUGAAAAAGAACUCUCUCAGGCAACCAUUGAUUCCAAAACUGGUGAUUUAGGGGACAUUAAUGCAGAGCAGCUUCCUGGGAGGGAACACCUGAAUGAACCUGGUUCUAGAGAAGGACAGACUCGUCUAAUCCGAGAUGGAGAGAAUGUAGAAGCCUAUCAGUGGAGUAUUGGUGAAGGGAGGUGGAUAAAAAUUGGUGAUGUUGUUGGCUCUUCUGGUGCUAAUCAGCAAACAUCUGGAAAAGUUUUAUAUGAAGGGAAAGAAUUUGAUUAUGUUUUCUCAAUUGAUGUCAAUGAAGGUGGACCAUCCUAUAAAUUGCCAUAUAAUAUCAGUGAUGAUCCCUGGUUAACUGCAUACAACUUCUUGCAGAAGAAUGAUUUGAAUCCCAUGUUUUUGGAUCAAGUGGCAAAAUUUAUUAUUGAUAACACAAAAGGUCAAAUGUUGGCACUUGGGAACACCAGUUUUUCAGAUCCGUUUACAGGUGGUGGUCGGUAUGUUCCAGGCUCUUCAUCAGGAUCCUCUAACACACUGCCUGCAGCAGAUCCUUUUACAGGUGGAGGUCGUUAUGUGCCAGGGUCUGCAAGUAUGGGAACUACCAUGGCUGGAGUUGAUCCGUUUACAGGGAAUAGUGCCUACCGAUCAGCUACAUCUAAAACGGUGAAUAUUUAUUUCCCUAAAAAAGAGGCUGUCACUUUUGACCAAGCAAACCCUACACAGAUAUUAGGUAAACUGAAGGAACUUAAUGGAACUGCACCUGAAGAAAAGAAGUUAACUGAGGAUGACCUGAUACUUCUUGAGAAAAUAUUAUCUCUAAUAUGUAAUAGUUCUUCAGAAAAGCCCACAGCCCAGCAACUUCAGAUUUUGUGGAAAGCUAUUAACUGGCCUGAAGAUAUCGUCUUUCCUGCGCUUGACAUUCUUCGGUUGUCAAUUAAACAUCCCAGUGUGAAUGAGAAUUUCUGCAAUGAAAAGGAAGGGGCUCAGUUCAGCAGUCAUCUCAUCAGUCUUCUGAACCCUAAAGGAAGGCCUGCAAACCAGCUGCUUGCUCUGAGGACUUUUUGCAAUUGUUUUAUUGGCCAGGCAGGACAAAAGCUCAUGAUGUCUCAGAGGGAAGCCCUGAUGUCCCAUGCAAUAGAACUGAAAUCAGGGAGCAAUAAGAACAUUCACAUUGCUCUGGCUACUUUGACCCUGAACUAUUCUGUUUGUUUUUAUAAAGACCAUAACAUUGAAGGGAAAGCUCAAUGUUUGUCAGUAAUUAGCACAAUCUUCGAAGUUGUACAAGAUCUAGAAGCCACUUUUAGACUUCUUGUGGCUCUUGGAACACUGAUCAGUGAUGAUUCAAAUGCUGUACAAUUAGCCAAGUCUUUAGGUGUUGAUUCUCAAAUAAAAAAAUAUGCCUCAGUAUCAGAACCAGCUAAAGUAAGUGAAUGCUGUAGACUUAUCCUAAAUUUGCUGUAACAAUGGGGAAGAGGGCUGAGAUUUUAAAUUGAUUAGUGGAUUUUUUUUUUUUUUUCACAUUUUACAUUACUGAUAACAGAUCAUUUAAAAAAUGCUGUGGAUUAAGUAAGUUUCAGAUCUUGUAAUGGGGAGGGAGGAACAAAGGAGAAAUAAAAUUUUUGCACUGAUAAA